GGCAUUCCUCUCGCCAACCUCCUCUGGUCACUCUAAUCAAAACAAUAAAAAAUCAGGCACUUUUGUGUACGAAAAUUAAAAGACUUUCCGUGCGCUCCAACAAUGGCCUUGGAGUCCGGCAGCAGCAGCUCGGAGUCAGGCAGCUCCUCCACCAGCGGAUCCACCAGUGGCUCGGAGACAGGAAGCAGUUCGGACACGGAUUCCAGCAGUGCGACGCCGGAAGAGAAGCCAUCCACAAAUUCCUCUGCCAAAUCCCAGACGCAAACGACGCAACAACAACAAACGAGUUCUGGGAAUGCACCGCGACGAAAGCCUGCUCCUCCGGCGGCAGAGGAGAAAUCCAAGGGAAAUUCAGCUUCCGCCAACAAGAAAGUGGCCAAUCCUCCGAAAAGUAAGCUUUCCAGCGACGACGACGAUGAUGAUAACGCAGCACCGCCGGCCAAAAAGAAUGCCCGUACCCUGGGCAGCUCCACCGUAACAGCCGCCGCUGCUGCCUCAACGGCCAAAAGGAAACCCCCUGCAUCCAGCAAUAAGGCCACCAAUUCCGCCAACAAAUCCAGCAAUCCUCCACAGCGGUCGGCAAACAACAGCAAUAACAACAGAUCCCUGGAGAAUGGCGAGGGAAAGAGGCCCUCACUCUCCUCCUCGUCGAACAGCACAGAUGACUCCAUGAAGAUCGUCAAAAACGGCCGCAAGGUUCCCCUGAAAAUGGCCAGCACAGUAAGGCCCAAACAAGUCAAGGGCAAACUGCCGCCGGCCAAGAAAAACGGCGGAGGUCCGGUGAUCAGCAGUGAUGGUAGUUCUGGCUCCGAAAGUGGCUCCAACUCAGGCGACGAUUCCAGCUCAGGAAGCGACUCGGAGGGAACGGAUUCCACCAACUCAUACAGCUCACAACCAGUCAAAGGAGGAAACAAAGGCAAGAAAGGUGGAGCAACAAAAAUCCAAAAUUCCGACAGCGAAGAGGAGCGAAAAGAUAAGGCCAAUCCCAUGAGGAAACUGACACGAUCGCUCAGCAUGCGAAGGACCAAGCAGCAGCCCAAACAGGACACCGAUUCCGAAUCCGAUGGCGAACUAGAAGAUGACAAAAUUCCGAUCUCCAAAAGUCCCGCCAAAAAACCAGCACCCUCGAAUUUGAAUGCCAGCAAAAGCAAAGUGAAAAGAGAGUCCAUCGGAAUUAGCAGUGGAGUUCUGAGCUCCAUUAAGUCCCGACCCGUGUCACCUAUCACGCAGACAGAGAAGAAGUGUCCCAUCGAAGGAUGCGAUUCAUCCGGACAUUUGAGUGGCAAUUUGGACAAGCAUUUCCUGCCGGAGGCCUGUCCCAUUUAUCACAACAUGUCCGCCUCCGAAUGCAAAGAACGAGCUAAUGAGAGGAAACUGAGGAAUGAACAGCGACUGAAGAUGCCCGUUAACAUUGUCACGGCGCCUGGAAAUCAACAUACCAAUCUCAAAACGCUUUCGCCUGAGCAGCGUGAGUUUCUGGCCAAGACUCGCGAGUCCAGGGCUAACUUUAAGCCGGCCAAUAACAAUUUUCUAGACUCAAAGGUUAAGCUGGAAAAAGACGUCACUGACGAGGACCGAGAACCAAAUCUGUCCGGCCUGGUGCCCGACUACGAUCUGCAAUUGUUCCGGGAAGCGCAAGCUCAGGCCUCCGAAAGGAUAGAAGACGAACUGAAAGACCUUCCCGUGGGAAAGGGAAUAAAAUAUAUCAGCAUGGGGAAGUACAAGAUGAAGGUGUGGUACCAAUCUCCUUACCCCGAUGAUGCUGCCCGCCUGCCCAAAAUGUAUAUCUGCGAAUUCUGUCUGCGCUAUCAAAAAUCAGAAACUGGCAUCAAACGGCACGCGGAGAAAUGCGUUUGGCGUCAUCCGCCGGGCGAUGAGAUAUACCGCAAAGGCAAACUGCAGGUGUGGCAGGUAGAUGGAAAGCGCUACAAGCAGUAUUGCCAACAUCUCUGUUUGCUGGCCAAGUUCUUUCUGGAUCACAAAACCCUCUACUAUGACGUGGAGCCUUUUUUGUUCUACAUUAUGACGCUAGCCGAUGUGGAUGGAUGCCAUAUAGUGGGUUAUUUUAGCAAGCAUAUUCCCUUUCUGCAGGAGAAGAACUCGUUUUACAAUGUUUCCUGUAUUUUAACAUUGCCGCCAUAUCAGCGAAAGGGCUACGGGAGAUUACUCAUCGAUUUCAGCUAUCUAUUGACCCGCGUGGAGGGUAAAAUCGGUUCGCCAGAAAAACCACUGUCCGAUCUCGGCCUGAUCUCGUACCGCUCGUACUGGAAGGAUGUACUGCUGGACUAUCUGUGCAAUAGAUCAGGGAAUACAAUCGCCAUCAAGGAUGUUUCGCAGGAAACGGCGAUCUACUCUUAUGACAUUGUGAGCACCCUUCAGGCUCUUGGCAUGAUGAAGUACUGGAAGGGCAAGCACAUAGUCCUCAAGAAGCAGGAUGUCCUGGAUGAGUACGAGGAGAGGGUGAAGCGGAGAGGAACCUUCCCCAAGAUCGAUGACUCCUGUCUGAGAUGGCAACCAUUUAUCAAUAUGCAACCGAGUUCAUCCCCAUAGCCACGUGGUUGGAAGCAUGCCAGAGCAUGCUUUGCGGACGCCGACGAUGAUGAUGAAGAAUCCUUGGCCCCGAAUUCCUGACUUCAGAGAUUUUAUUUUUUUAUAGACUUUCUAGAGAGACAUGCCUCUGAUCCUCGUUGAUCUUGGUAGCCUUUAGUAUUGUGUUGAUUAUACGAAGCUCAGCCAAAGGUAUCCGAUACGAUACCUUACUAAAAUCAUCAUUAUUUGCAUUUAUCUCAGCCGAUAUAUGCCUUAAUGUAGAAUAAUUAUAGGAAAAACAUUAUUUUUGCCAUGAUAUAUGGGACUACCAAGAUUGACAAACGAUGGGAGGUUGGUGUUGUAGGAGUUCUAUUUUAAUUUUUUAAUAUUCGUUAGUAGAUCUUAAGGCCAGCCUAUAGUAUUUGUACGUGUCUGUGUCUGUACUUGUUGGUAGUUAAGAAUUGUAGUAAUUAGAGACUUAAGUUACAUAGCGAAAUUCUCAAAACAAAAAAUUAUAAAAAUAUAAGAAAAUAUACUCGGUUUACGAUCAAA